GUGAUCAACCAGCUGCGGUCGCUCUACCUGCACGUGGACGACAUCGACCUUUUCAUCGGCGGCAUCGCGGAGAGGCCCAGCGCCGGCUCCCUGCUCGGCCACACCUUCCUCUGCAUCGUCGGGGACCAGUUCGCGCGCCUCAGGCUGGGCGACCGCUUCUACUACGAGAACGGCGGCCUCGAGUCCUCCUUCUCCGAGCUGCAGCUUCAGGAGAUCAGGAAAACCACUCUGUCGAGGAUCAUGUGCGACAACUCCAACCUGGACAUGAUGCAGCCGCUCGCCUUCGUGGACGCCCACCUCGCGAACAAGCGUGCCGUGUGCAAGUUCGGGACGCUGAUCCCCGAGAUGUCUCUGGAGCCAUGGCGGAACGAGCCCGUGUGGGUGUAGGGGGCGCGUGGUCCUCGGAGGCGGCGAAGGCUGCAGGUCCUUC